GUCUGUGAGAGAGAGAGAGAGAGAAGAAAGAGAGACGGAGAGGGAUGUCGGACGAGGAGCAUCACUUCGAGUCUAAGGCCGACGCUGGGGCGUCCAAGACCUAUCCUCAGCAGGCUGGUACCAUUCGCAAGAAUGGUUACAUCGUCAUUAAGGCUAGGCCCUGCAAGGUUGUUGAGGUUUCCACCUCCAAAACUGGCAAGCAUGGUCACGCCAAGUGUCACUUCGUGGGGAUUGAUAUCUUCACUGGAAAGAAGCUUGAAGAUAUUGUACCUUCGUCCCACAACUGUGAUGUUCCCCAUGUUAAUCGUACUGACUACCAACUGAUUGAUAUCUCUGAAGAUGGUUUUGUGAGCCUUUUGACUGAAAAUGGCAACACCAAGGACGAUCUGAGGCUUCCGACUGAUGAUAGUCUGCUUACCCAGAUUAAAGAUGGAUUUGGCGAUGGAAAGGAUCUUGUGGUUACGGUCAUGUCAGCAAUGGGGGAGGAGCAGAUCUGUGCUCUCAAGGACAUUGGCCCGAAAAAUUAAUUUCCAUAAUACUAUAAAGCUAUAUAGAUAGGCAAAGAGAAACUAU